AUGGCGUCUCUGCGCUGUAGGCGAGACCCCUGCGGCGUUAUCUGUCUGAUUUUAACUUAUUUCAGCGUGUUUUACGCGGACUACGUGGUCAUACAGUAUGUCCUCAUCCCCGCCUACUCGGACAGUGUUUGGUGUACUCUACAUGGAUCAGUGUUUAACCUGAUUCUGCUGCUGCUGCUGGCCUGCCACUCCAAAGCUGUCUUCUCAGAUCCCGGUAUGGUGCCUCUUCCUGAGACGGCCAUAGACUUCUCAGACCUUCGCUCCCAGUCGUCUCGGAUGAACGAGCGGGGCUGUGAAGGCUGGACGGUGUGCAGUCGCUGUGAAACGUACAGACCUCCCAGAGCGCAUCACUGCCGGGUCUGUCAGCGGUGUAUACGCCGCAUGGACCAUCACUGUCCCUGGAUCAACAACUGUGUCGGCGAACUCAACCAGAAAUACUUUAUCCAGUUUCUUUUCUACACCGGGAUGGCCAGUCUGUACUCCAUGGUGCUGGUGGUGUCGGCCUGGGUGUGGCGGAUAAGGAACGAGCGAGACGGCGACGCAGAGAAAGACGGAGAGGAGACGCCCAGCAAGCACCUGAUAGUCGCUCACUACAUCAUCCUGCUGGUGGAGUCGGUGUUGUUCGGCGUGUUCGUCAUGGUCAUCUUCUACGAUCAGCUGGUCUCCAUAAUCACGGACGAGACGCCCAUAGAGCAGAUGAGGAACCGGCUGAUGAUCAAAGACCGAAGCUCUUCGUCUUCGUCCUCCUCCUCCUCCGCCUCCUCUCAGCUGCCUCACCACCCCACACACACCCGCAAGCCAAAGCUGGCUCUGCUGCGGGAGGUUUUUGGAAGAGGUUCGGUGUUUUGCUGGCUCCUUCCUCUCCACUCCAGCCCUCCGUCGGUUGGCGGCAUCACGUACUCCGCCCUGCCCGACUACGACGUCUGACCGCUGAGCUGUGAGAGCGACGGAGAGCGCGGAAAGGUUUUUGUGUGUGUGUGAGAGAGAGAGAGAGAGAGAGAGAGGGUGAAUUUUCUGCCUAACUAUGAUGUCUUAUCUUUAUCUUUGGACCUGAGUGCUGAAGAGGACGGAGGCCGAGACUGGGACGAAUGUGUGUGUGUGCGUGUGUGUGUGUGUGUGUGUGUGUGUGAGUGUGUGUGUGUGUGUGUGUGUGUGUCUGUGUGUGUGUGUGUGUUUAUCCCCCUGGACCUAAAAGUGUUCAGCCUCAGACUCAUGAAUUUCCUUCCUGUCGUGACGCAGGAGCUCCGGCGGUCCCCGUUUUGUCCCGAUGUGUACUUUAACUACCAGCGUUGUUCGAUUAUUUUGUGGAAGAGUCGGCCAGUUAUGAUCACUGGAGUUCAACUGACACCAAAGCUGCUGAUACGUCAUAAUCCAUGAAAUUUGGCGACGUUAAGGGCCAGAUUUAAUAAGAAAAUGGGGCGGCAGGGAUUAUGUGGGUGGGAUUUAUUAUUCCCAAAAACACUGACUCAAACUGCAGGUCAAAGUUUAAACUACAACACUAUCAGACUCACAGUGGACAGUUUUUGUCGAUUACACAAUUAACAAAUCACACUUUUAAACAUUAUUUAUAUGAUCCACUAAUAUUUUGUUUCUAUGUACCAAUAUGACCAAACUGGAGUAAAAAUAGAAAUAAUAGAGACAAAUACGACGCGUUUAUGCGAUGCUUCAGGGGUUCGUAAGCAAACUGGAAACGGAGAAUAUCCACCAAAAAAAGAUUCCUUUUUCGUGUUUUUGUUAUUUUUCCUCAUUCCUGCGUUUGUUUUGAAGUACAAGAAAAUUUGACGUGCUAACUCACUAAACUGUGUUACAGCUACAGAUUUACACACACACACACACACACACACACACAGAGUACACUUCUCAGUAUUCUCCUAAAUCUCAGUGAAGGGACGGUUCUUAACUUAUUUAUUGUUUCUAACUAUUCCGUGGAGUUGACUCUACCAAUACCUGUGUAUUUUUAUGUGACGGGUGAAGUUGCCUUUCCGCUCUGAUUUUCUGCCGCUUAAUAACGAUUAAGUAUUCAGAGCUGAAACAAAUCGCUUUGAAAGUAAACCAACAGAUACUCGCUAUGGUGUCAUAGCUCACGGUGGAAGCGACUCUGCACCAAUUUAGUGUUUUAAACUUCGAGCCAAUCACAGCUGCCUUUUGGACGUUCCCGGACAAAAAAUACCUUUAUUCUGAAUGCCGGACAUGUGGCUAAAGCAUUAUUCAGGGUUAAUACGGUCAUGAAAAGCCUGUCAAAGUCAUUGGAUUUGCAAAUAGCAAUUCCCAGGCCUGGAACAGUUUUAUAAAAUUAAAUAUACC